CGGGAUUUUAAAGACAUGGUGUUAUGAACAUUCUUGUUUCUGGCUGCAGAAGGAUAUUUGCUGUUAGAUUCUACUGCAUUAAGACUCCACUACCACCUCCACCGACCACCUGUUGUAUGAGUGGAUGUCAGAAUUGUGUAUGGAUAAAAUACGCCCAGGAAAUAUUGUCCAUUUAUAAAGACACAGAGAAAGUGAGCAAGGAAGUACUGGAUAAUAUCACUGACCCGAGUCUUAGAGCAUUCCUACAAAUAGAACUGAAACUGAAACUUAAAAAUGACUCCGACUAAGACAGCACCGAAUGAUAGCACAAAGACAAAGAAGAGGGGGAAGAGAGGAGGAAGGAAAGGGAGUCGAAGUGGAAAGGUCAAAAAGAAGAAGGCUGGUGGUGGUGGUAAAGCCACACCUCCUGUUCCGGAAGAAAUAAAGUCAGAAAUUGCACUGAAGUAUCUUCGUCAGUGGUCGACUGAUAGGGACAGCUGGAUGUUUAAAAAGAAACUGCAAUUCUGGCUGAUAAAGAAUAUUUAUAAUAAAGAGAAGAUCGGAAAAGCAGAUUUUAAGAUACUCCUUCAGUAUUUGGAGGGUCUUCAAGGUUCUCAUAGAGCUCGUUUGACUCAAGAGGCUGAAGAGAUUGUGAAGAAGUUUACCAGCAGCAAAGAUGACAAAACCAAGGAUAGUACUCUUGAUGAAACCAAGGACAGAAAGCAGUGCAAAAGAGCUCAGAGAAUAAUCAAACAUUUAUCAUGAAAUCACAUCCUUUUUCUUAAAUAGUUAUAUAAUUAUUAUUUAAAAAUAAA